UGGUGCAGACAGCAUUUGCAACACUUGGGACGUUGUGACGAGGAUGGUGAAUAAACAAAUCAGAAAUGGGGAUCUUCAUUUGAUGCGGUUGGUAUGAGCCAUGGCGCAAAUAAAUAUGCAGAUUUCAUGCUUUUGGCAAAUCCAUCUUCUUCUGAUCGGCGAGCAGAGUCGGCUUAGUCAUGGCUGAUGCAGUUUUCAAGACCCUUCUCAAGAGCGAGGCUCUUCAAAAGUACAUCGUGAACACAACUGCAUAUCCAAGAGAGCACGAACAACUCAAGGGCAUAAGAGAAGCAACAUUCAAAAAAUAUGGCCCAAGAACGGUGAUUAUGGUACCACCUGAUGAAGGACUACUACUUUCAAUGCUUUUGAAAAUUAUGAAUGCAAAGAGGACAAUGGAGAUUGGGGUUUUCACGGGCUAUUCUCUUCUUACUACAGCCCUUGCCUUGCCUGAUGAUGGCCAGGUAGUUGCAAUAGACCCCAGUCGAGAAGCAUACGAAAUUGGACUUCCAUUCAUUCAGAAGGCUGGCGUGGAGCAUAAGAUCAACUUCAUACAGUCAGAAGCCAAUUCAGUUCUGAAUGAAAUGUUAUUAAGUAAUUUUACUUUAAUGCAGGACAAAUGCAAAACGGAAUUUGACUUUGUGUUUGUGGACGCUGACAAGGACAACUACAUUCACUACCAUGAGAAACUAAUAGAAUUGGUGAAGAUAGGUGGCGUUAUUGCGUAUGACAACACCCUGUGGUACUCUACAGUUGGUAGUGAAGAGGAAGAAGUUCCGGAGCAUCUCCGAGCAAAUAGAAAGGCCAUAAUGGAUCUCAACCAUCGACUAGCCCAUGAUCAUCGGAUAGAGAUCGCGCAGAUUUCCAUCGCUGAUGGUCUCACUCUUUGCAGGCGCGUCGCCUAAUGAUAAAUUGCAUGCUGAUUGUAGCAAUAUUAAUGGAUGUUUUAACUAGGGGUUGGUGUGUGUUAAGAGUACGUACUGACUGCUCUCAAUGCAUGGAAUAAAUGUCUGUCCCCCAGGGAUGAUUCACGAUU